UCAUGAUCACGUUSUUUUGGAUAUUCCUGUCACUAGAGAGCAGAUGAAUCACUAUCGAGCUGCAGCKGAAACUGCUCAAAGUGAACUUGCAGCACUUUCAGUGAAGUAUGACUGUGCCAAGUCAGAGCUUCUUAAACUCAGGACCAGCAUGAUCUCUAAAGAAGCUUCUUUUCAAGAGCUGAAGGCUGAAGCUGAAAGCUACAAGGAAAACAAUGCCAGGCAGAUGUSUCGUCUCCUCUCCUUGCAAACACGAAUCCAGGAGAUGGAAGAAGAGCUGUGUGGGCUCGCCACUGCCAAAAAUCAGGCUGAGCUGACAGCUCAGGUGGCACACAAGGAAAAUUGGGAGCUGAAGGAGGAACUUCAUGAGAAAAAUGAGGAACUUAAUAAAUAUUUGAAUGAGUGUGAAGAAAACAUGACUCAAGCUUCUAAAAUCAGCAAAAAGUAUGAAGAGCUCCUUACACAGCUUUCUGAAUUCUUGGACAUAGACAUCAGAGAACAGGAGAAACCACAGGAACAUUUAACAUCAAAGGUGAUUGUAUAGGCAAAUGUUUCUCUACAGAGAUUUAACAGAAAAAUAUUYAGU